AUGAAGCAAGGACAAGUGGAUUCGGAAAUCCAACUAUUCAACCUCAGGAUCAUACCCACGUUGUUUGAAGAAAUCAAAGACGGGCAACAACAAGAUCCUGAGUUACAAAAGAUAAAACUGGGCCUAACCGAAGGGAAGAACGGGUCGUUCGAGCUGUUUAGUGACGGCAACCUUCGCUGUGAAGGAAGAUGGUGCGUGCCCAUGACACAUCCCCACCUGAAGAGACAAAUCCUAGAAGAAGGGCACGAUUCACCUUACUCCGUACACCCCGGAGGCGAUAAACUGUACCAAGAUGUGAAGAAGCUAUUUUCGUGGCCUAACAUGAAAAAGGAGGUAGCAGACUUUGUAUGCAAAUACCUAACUGUCAAAAGGUGGUCAAAUAUCAUGGGGUCCCACAAAACAUCCUUUACGAUAGAGACCCCAGAUCCUCUUGCAAUUUUGGAGAUCACUACAAACGGCGAUGGGGAUAAAACUAAAGUUAAGCACGCUUUCCACCCCACGACCGACGGCCAAACCGAGAGGACAAUUCAAACCCUUGAAGAUAUGUUGAGAGCCUGCAUGUUAGACUUCCAGGGAACAUGGGAGGAACACCUAGAUCUAAUCGUAUUCUCCUACAACAUUAGUUAUCACGCGAGUAUUCGUAUGACACCCUACGAAGCUUUGUAUGGACAAAAGUCUCAGACUCCCAUAUGUUGGGAAGACAUGGUCAACCCGGUAACUCUAGAACCACAGUAUUUACAAGACACCAUAACAAAGGUCAGACACAUACAAGAGAGAAUGAAGGCCGCACAAGACCGCCAGAAGUCCUACGCCGAUCUAGGGAGGAAACAAGCUGAAUUCCCCGUGGGGGAAAAGGUUUGGCUAAAGGUUUCACCCACCCGGGGUGUAAUGAGAUUCGGGAAGAAAGGGAAGUUAAGCCCUAGAUUUAUCGGCCCCUACGAGAUCCUAGAGAAAGUCGGGAACCUGGCUUAUCGCCUCGCGUUGCCAGUCGAACUAGAGCAGACACACAAAGUAUUCCACGUGUCGCAACUAAAGAAAUAUGUACAUAAUGCGACUCAUGUGCUCCAACCUGAAAUAAUGUGCUUGGAUGACACCCUAUCCUACGAGGAGAAGCCUAUGAAAAUCCUGGACACAAAGACAAGAGAAACCCGCCGGAAGACUGUAAAGAUGGUCAAAGUCCUUUGGUCCAAUCGUGAGAGAGAGGAAGCAACGUGGGAGCUCGGAAGCGCAACGAGAGAGCUCUACCCCGACCUGUUCGCUCAAGGUACCAUAAACUAG